AGUCGCCGCUAGUAUUCCCAUCGAAGACAUUAUGUAUUAAUUACCCAAUCUUUCAGUAGCUAUCGAUAUGAAACCGUCUCAACUUUUUGUUUGUGCUUUUCAGCCCAACUCCCGAUUCGAAUGCAGGUACACUUCUCAGAAAAUCUGUACUAAGUUUUAUCAGUGAUUGACAAAUUUGCGAAUUGUUUUAUUUCGAAGAAGUAUGCCAAGCGACAAACGCGAUCUUUGUCGCUUGUACAAACUACAAAAAAAAGAAAAAGAGAUGAAAUCCUAAUUGCUCACCGAGCUAUAUAGUACGUAGAAAACUUCUUCUACGAAUUUACUUUGACUUUUAGUUACAUAGGGAACAACAGGUCAGUCGAGGAUGUCGACUAAGGUUUGGAUUCCCCACCCUGAGGAGGGGUACGUGGCGGCCACGGCCACGGGGCAAGUGCAGGAGAAGAAGAACCUGAAGGGCGUCACGAAGUUGAUCAUGUUCAAGACCGACUCGGGGGAGAUUGGGCUGAGUCCCGAGCAAAUGAAGGAGGUUGUGGACGUGGACGACGAGCACUACGGUGCGCUUCCGGACGUGACCACGAUCCGGAACGUGACCAACGCUGCGGUGCUGCAGACGCUGAAGGACCGCUACGCGAAGAACCAGAUGUACACGUUCAUCGACACCAUCAUCGUGUCCUGCAACCCGUUCCAGCGGCUGAAUUUAGAAACGGCGGAGAACAUGGACAAUUUUGCCCACGCGGAAGACCCGCGCGACCACGAGCCGCACGUGUACGCGAUCGGCAAGUGGUAUGGGAGUGUCAGGAUCGAAAUCGUCAGAGUUGAAAUAAUUUGUGAUGCAUAAAAUGCAUGACCCGAGGUGCGUCUGUUGCAGAGCAGGCAAGUGAGGCCGAUUGUAAGCCUGUUUGGGGUUACAGCUCAAGCUGCUAAAGUAGCAUGAGAAAAUCACUCUUCUUUGCCUAAACAGCAUGAGAGACUGGAUUUAGGGACCACCGAAAUUUGUCAUGCGCCACUUGGGAACUGGGUUCCAGCUGGCACCCAUUUUAUGCAUGACAAAUUAUUUCAACUCUGUCGCUUUCAACUCUGACACAUCCAUAAGUGGGCGCUGGACGGGUGCCGCAUUGACAGGAAAAACCAGGCGAUUUUGAUCUCCGGGGAGUCCGGGGCGGGGAAAACCGAGGCGUGCAAGAUCCUGGUCGGUUUUUUCGCCGACUGCGCCGCUUCCAAGAGCGGCGUGCAGGACCGCAUCAUGCAGUGCAACCCAAUUCUGGAGGCCCUGGGGAACGCGAAGACCUCGAGGAACAACAACUCCUCCCGGUUCGGGAAGUGGACCGCCUUGCACUUUGACAACGCGGGCAACAUCGCGGGGGCCGCACUGGUGGACUACCUGCUGGAAAAGUCCCGGGUGCUGGCGCAGAGUUCCCUGGAGCGCGACUUCCACAUCUUCUACAUGUUGGUUUACUGCGACGCAAACAAGUACAAGCUGCCCGCCGACCCCAAGAGCUGCGGCUUUUUGAAGAACGGGUCCGCAAAGGCCGACGGCUUUGACGAUAAGGCGGAGUACCAGGAGGUGUUGCAGGCGCUGGAGGAUUGUCUCAUGCCGGCCGACCAGAAGGAGCAGUUUUUGAAGAUCCUAGCCGGGAUUUUGCUGCUGGGCAACAUUACCUUCAAGGACACGGGAAACGACACCUCCAAGUUCUCUACCGGGGGCGCCGAGGCGGCGGCGGCGCUGGACGUGGACAAGGCGGUGCUGGAAAAGGCGUGCGUUUCGAACAGGCUCCAGAUCGGCAACGAAAUUACCAUCAAAGGCCUAAAAGUCCUGGACGCAUCGAACGCCCGCGACGGGUUGGCUACGUUGGUCUACUCGCGGAUGUUUACCUGGGUCAUUCAAUACCUGAACAAAGUCAUUGCCGGGGACCACGACCAGAGCGCCGCUGGCGGCAGGGCGGACGAGAUUGGGUUGCUAGAUAUCGCCGGGUUCGAGUCUUUCACCUUCAAUACUUGGGAGCAAUUCACGAUCAACCUGUCCAACGAAAACUUGCAGCAGGUAUAAUUUGAAUGAUGUCGGUAUAAUCGCAAAAAUAAAGACAAAAAAAAGUACGAGCUUAUCUACUAGUUCGAAAGCGAAUGCUCUUCUGAAUGACAAGCCACCCAGUUACUGAGUUCAUGACCAAGUUGUAAAAAUGUGACGUGCUUCAGUUCUACUUCUGAAAAAGUGCAAAAACGUUGUCACAGCACUUCAACCACUACGUGUUCAAGAGGGAGAUCCCGGAGUACAAGGCUGAAGAAGUCCCCUUUGAGGACAUUGCGUUUACGGACAACCAGGAGAUUCUGGACACGAUUGCGGCACCGACAGACUCGAUUAUGUCGAUCUGUGACGAGGAGUCCAAGGGGAUGCCCAGUGAAAACGCGAAGGCGGACAAAAAGUUGAUCGACAAGCUGAACAAGAUCAUGGGGGACAAGAAGAACAAGUGGUACACCCCCGACAAAUUUGGCAGGACCGAGUUCACUUUGCUGCAUUAUGCCGGGCCCGUCAAAUAUGACGUCACGAAGUGGGUUAACGAGAAGAACAAGGAUGAACCACCCCCGCUGGCCGUCGAAGUGUUGUCUACCACCAAGAAUCCCCUUCUAAAAAUCAUCGCUGACGGCCUAGCGGAAGAGGGGAGGAGACAGAAGGCCACGGUCUCGAAGCUCUUUCGCGACUCGCUAAAGGUUUUGAUCAACAAGAUCAAUUCCGCCGAGCCACACUUCGUUCGGUACAAUUCUGGUUGUAAUACGCUUUUUUGAAAACAAGUCAAUUUAUCUACUGUAGAUGACUAUGAGAUCUGCACUUGCCUUUGACGAUGAUCUGCAUCUUUGACCUAAAACUAAUUUGAUAGGUUCAGUCGUAGUCGUGAACCAUAUCAAGAAACGCCGCGUUUUUUUCAAUGGAAAAUAGACCGAGCGAUUGCAUCUCUGACGACACUUCUUUACUAGAAAAAAAUCUAUCUAUCACACAUGAUACAUCUUCAUUGCUACUUCUACUGUAUGAAAAACUCCAACAGUUGCAUCAAGCCGAACGACGAGAAGAAGCCGAACAUUUUCACGAAGAAGAAGGUGUUGGAGCAGCUGGUCUACUCGGGUGUGAUGGAGUUGGUGAAGAUUCGUCGGCAGGGCUACCCUUACCGGGCGUCCCCGGAGGAGUUCCUGAAAAAGUAUCGGUGCUGCAUCCCGGUCCCACUGCGGGUUGCCGCCGAGAAGAAAGUGGGGAAGAAGCUGGCUGCGACGAGCCCGGACCGGGCGAUCGUCAAGGAGAUCUUGGCCGGCAUGGCGGACGCCUUCAGGCAACCGGAGUUGAAGAUCGAGUACCAGAUGGGGAAGACCAAGGUGAUGAUCCGCAUGAAGGGCCUCAAUCUGCUGGACGAGCAGGCCCGCUACGCGAAGAUUGCCAAGGCGAUCAUCAUCCAGAAGAUCUACCGCGGCUUCGCCGUCCGCAAGAAAAUGAAGCGCUCGCGCGAACUGAAGAAGCUGAUCAGUGCCUUCAUGAAGCAGUAUCCGCUCUACAGCGGCCCGAACACGUCCGGCAUGUCUUUGAUGAAGGAUGUGGCCACCAUGAAAAAGAACAAAGACCAGGCCAACGCGUGGGUCCGCGAGUGCGAGGGCAUCACCUUCGUGAAGGUUGCGGACGCGACCUUCUUGGGUGCGGUCAUGAAGCUGGAAAAGGAGUACGCAGUAUACAAGGACGCGGGGGAUCUUCGCAAGUCUUUCGACAUCAUGGCCCUGGAGAAGGCGGUGGGCGAGCUCACCGCACUGAAAAUUGAAGACGCGAUCAUCAAGGAAAUGAGUGAGCGCUUGAAAAAGCUCGUCACGCAGGUGCCCCUCAUGAACGGCAUAAAAGCGCUGAAGCUCCCCCUGAACCCUGCCGACCUGGUUUCCUGCAAGCGCGCCAAACUCAUUGUCGAACAGGUAAGUAUCUCUACGGUUUUUUUUUGUUUCAUGUUUUUUUCGCAUGAAGGUGGAACGUUCAAAAAUUCAGAUUUAAAUUGGUGGCGCGGUGUGCCUGUGGCUAACGUACUAUAUUUUUGCAGUAGCGCGUGGGUGUGCGUUCUUCUGUUUAUGUUUAGAAGCAACAUUCAUGAUUCUGUUAGUAAGUACACGACCUGACCACAAACGACUACAGCUGGAGAAGCAUGGUUUGGACAAGGGUCAGGACACGUGGCUGCAAGAGGGCGCGUUCAAGUACGCUUCUCGGGUGUUGAAGGAGUGGGACAACGUGAAGGGCAAGUUGGACCUCGCGGCGCUGGAUAAUCUGGACGAGCAGACCGAGCAGCAGAAGAUUGUCGUAAAUCAGAUCAGAAAGAAGAUGGAUGCGGCCAAGGCCUCGGGCAACAAAAAGGAGGUGGAGGCGCUCACAAGGUUCAAGAAGCUGGUCGCCGCGGGGCGGAAGAUGACGGUGGUGAAGCAGAUUGAUCCGAAGUUCCUGGAGGCGCUGAACGAGGCCGUCACCACCUACGACUUCGCGGAAAUUGAAAAACACAUCAAGGGGUGCCUGGAGAACGGCGUGUCCCCCGAGGACAUCGCGGAGCAGCGCCAGUUAAUGAACAAGCUGCGCGAUCCGGAGUUCGUGGGCGCUUUACUGGGGAAGACCGUGAAGGCGUUGAAGGCGGAGAAGGACGAGAAGAAGAAGCUCCAGCUGAUCACCGCGUGCACAAAUCUGAUGAAAGCAGGGAAGGACGCCGGUUGCGACCAGGAAUUGCUGACCAUCUCCGACCGGGCGGUGAAAGCCGCUACCCGGGGCGAAAACAUGGGCGGGACGGAAGCACAAAUGCAACUCAUCAAUCUGUACGGGGAUUUCUCGAAGUUUGAGAACAUGAACCCAACCGUAGUCAAACCCGUCUAUUUGGACGACGGUGCCAAGGUCAUGCCGAUGGAACCGGAUGGCGCGCUCUCCUGGUCCAAGUACAAACUCAACGGCACGCUGACGAAUGUACAGAUACACAGCUUUCAUAUCACUGUGAAGUUCAACAUAGCCGUGUCGAUGUUUCGCUUGCAGUCGGAGAACUUUGUUAUCCCAUCAUGCUGGCAUACUUGUUGUUUAUUAGAACCAAGAGUCAUGUUGAAAUACAGUUUUCUUCUCAUAAAAUGAAAAAUAAUGGCUACCAAAAAAUAGCACAAGCAAAUUUCGACGGUGGAAUCGAAGAACGGACGGACAUCAUAGGGCCGGCAGGGUGCAAUAAUUUUGAUUUCACACUAAAAAUUCAAAUACAGAUCGACAACCCGAAGCACGUGACAACCGUGCUGUCCGCUUUUCGCAACAUUUUAGGUUGGAUGACGGACCACCCAGUCGACGAGAAGCGGCGUGCGCCGCUAGCGUACGCGAUCGUGUGGAAGGCCCGCGACCAGCGGGACGAGAUUUGCACCGAGAUUUACGCGCAGGUGAUGAAGCAGAUCAACAACAACCCGCGGCACCGGUCGCGGCUGCUGGGGUGGAAGUUGAUGGUGUUCCUCUGCAAGCUGGCGCAACCGAUUCCGAAUUUCAAGAACUACGUCGACGCGUUCCUCCUGCGCUACGAACUGGAGUACCGCGGGCUGAGUGACGAGCGCUCCCGCGAGAUCUUCAACGUGGUGAAGCACUGCAAGGAGUUGCUGGAGAGGUGGGGAAAGGCCGGGGUGGACGACGGGGAUGAGGCUGCGCCGACGGGGGAUACGGAGAUGAAAGUGGAGGUGUACACCUGCGAAAGCUUCGACCUGAUUGCCGAGAAGGAGAUCCGAAAACCGAUGAUCAUCAAGAUGCUCGCCAAGGACAAAAUGCGGCUUCUGAACAAAAAGGCGAUCUCGGCUUUCAUGCUGUCCACCGACGUGGACCACUUCCAGGUAUUCCGCGUGGACAUGGACGAGCCGCCCCCGUUUGAGGCCAGCGUCGGGAAAGUGUGCAACCAGAACAAGAUGGUUUUGAAAAAACGAAUGCUGCGCCCGAAAGAAAAGGUCCAGUCGGGAGACAUGGGCUUCUCGGAUAUGAUCGUCGGCCAGGCCGUGUCGGAUUUUUACUACUACGCCGUCCCGGAGGAAGAGUCGCGCAUCGCCAAGGUGAGCGCCGCCAACGCGUUCUUCCGCCGCAACGACGGCGGCGCGCCGGUCAUCAACGAGACCACGAUCGAGGCGCUGGUCCCGAAGAGGUGCUUGAGGGAAAAGAGCAAGGGCGAGUGGGUAAAGUUAGUGCAGAAGUCCUACGAGACCGACUGGAAAAAGGAGGAGGAGAAGCCAAAACUGGAGCGCGUGUGCCGGGUUCUGAAAGCACACCAGAACCUGAAGGCCUUUGCCUCGCGCCAGUUUCCCUGCGUGCACAAGGUCGGAUUCAAGCCGGAGGGGUUGGAUGGGGUCUCCAAGGUCUGCGUGGAAACCAUCACGGAUUUAGGGGCGGAGGCCAUGUUGAUGGCAAUCACGUGCAACGACGUCACCAUGUUCGAUAUUAGGGAUGGCAAGCACCUGGCCAAGUUUGGGAUCGGGGCGGCUGCGCACAAGUACAAAAUUAAGGCGUGGGCCGCGACGAAAAACCGGGUCUCCCUCGCCAUCAAUAUUCCGGGCAAGAAUGUCUACAUGGUGCUGGAAAGUGAGAAGGCGGACGCAAUCGUCAAGUUUCUCGACCGGAUGGAAGAGGAAGAAAACGGGAUAAAGGAGGGCAAGGACAAAAGUGACAAAAAAGACGAACGAGAAAAACGAAAAUCCGGAAAGUAAAGAUGAAAUAGAAAAGACUGCGACGUGUUUUAGAUUAAGAUAGAAAAAGGGCUCUACUACUGCGACAAGAUCAAGAACAAGAUUUCUGAGAAGUAUAUUCAUAAAUCUCAUCUCCAUCAGUUCCAGUCCAGUCCCGGACGGAAAUCAGACCCGUUCGUGCGAAUUUGAACCACCGCAGGCGAAGCAUUUUAAAACGUGUCGGUUCAUUUCUCAGUACUAGGACUAGCUCUGAC